UGUAAUUUUGAUGUUCUCGUUAUAACCUUCAUCGAUUCUCAUCGCAAAUUGGGAUGCUGGAACCUUACAAUAGUCGAAGACCAAGAGCAAGACAAGAUCAAAAGAAGACGAGAAUCGAUCUGCCGGGAAUUCAGCAGAACGAAUAGAAUAGAAUUCCAUUGGAGUUGGCAAAGACCACAACAUCAGAAAAUGGAGGAAACCAAAGAAAAACCGAGCGCCAGCGUUCUCCAGCCAAAACAGAAGCGCAUAAUCCGAGUUGAUCAAAUAUUCAGCAAAAAAACACGGCAAAUACACUUCGUGCCAACGAAAAAGCCUGAAAAGACAGAACACAAAUUCAACAAGACAGUUCUGGUGAUCCGUCGAAUAAUCAGCAGCAAGGGACUUGUGGCAGCCAUUGAAGUCGAUAUCAAGUCGCCUGCUUUGAAGGAGGUCUUGGAUGAGAUAUUUGAAGGUGUCGAGGGAUUGAGAUUGAACAAGACGCCGCCGAUAGCGGAACCAGAACUCCUCUUCCACGCAGGUGAACAGCUGUAUUCGCGACUGAAGAAAUUAGAAGCUAGCCCCAAUCCAAAUGAAGCACUGAUAAAUGAUAUCAGUGCCGUACUAGACUUCAUACAAGAACAUUUUGGUGGGAAUAUCGACAGUUUGAAAUCUCUUUCCGAGCACGGAGAGAUAACGUACAACCUGAUCUGGGCUUUAUUUCCACCGAAAACUUUAGGUUAUACAGCCGCCAACAUCCAGCACCAGCCACAAGUCUUCAUCUUCAAAGAAGGGACAGAUAUUGAAACUUCCACGGAGAAGUACUAUUAUGUCACAGGACAGGUGAUUAAUCAUGACGGCAUGGACUUUGGGCGAGGUGAGAUGCAUAUCAAGAUCCCAUACUUUGAAGGCACGAAGAAAGUACGCAGUCUUGCAGCUUAUCCGUUCUCACAACAUGCUCGUAGAGACGAGCUUCGGAAGGAACUGAUAGAGCGCGGUCGGAAAUUCGCUCGACUCGUUACGUCGGUCUGUCAGGAGUACGCGGGAAUGGGAGUUAAAGAAGAGCGAACACCGCAGGGCAUGGAAGAGAUGCUAUUCGAGGCCACUGGUCGAGUGAUGAUAGACCCCGGUGCUUUUCGCUUAUACCAGCCGAACUGGAGCAAUCUCCUAAAUCCGUGGGUACAUGCAGACAUGCCAAAGGAUAAUCUCAGCGACGAAGAAUACCUGAUCUGCAAUCACCGUGUUCUUGGAUUUAGUCUUGCCAGUAAAGAGUGGGGCGCAUUUGCUGUGUCGCCACUGAAAGAUGUGGUAUGGGACGAAAGCGCUUUCGAAAAACUCAUUAUAGAGCCCAAACGACGAGACUUAAUCUGUUCUCUUGUUCGAUCUCACAGGAACGAUAAGACUGGAUUCGACGAUAUCAUUCGGAAUAAAGGAAAGGGCCUUAUUGGGCUUCUCAGUGGAGGCCCUGGAGUUGGGAAGACCUUGACUGCCGAAGUGGUGGCUGAGCUAACUCAUAAACCGCUGUACAUGAUUUCAGCAGGCGAACUCGGUACGGAGUUAGAGAAAGUCGACCAGCGUCUCCAAAUGGUCCUCGACAUAACUAGGCGCUGGUCUUGCGUCCUCUUAAUUGACGAAGCCGACGUUUUCUUGCAGGAGAGAAGUAACUUGGACAUGUUACGAAAUGCUUUGGUUAGCAUAUUUCUCCGACGUCUCGAAUAUUUCCAAGGGAUUCUAAUCAUGACGACGAACCGGAGAAAGGCUAUUGAUCCGGCAUUCCAAAGUCGGAUACAUUUCAAAAUCCAUUACCCUGCUCUCACGGAAAGUAGCCGCGCCCAGGUGUGGAAGGAUUUCUUAUCUACUGCGCCCGCUGGUGUCAAAAAACCAGAAUUGAGCAAUGAGCAGAUUGUCCAGCUGGCAAGAAUACCCCUUAAUGGCCGCGAGAUCAAGAAUACAAUCUCUUGCGCGUUUUCGAUGUCGAGGGAAAGUGGGAUGGCUCUGACCGUGCAGAGGGUAGAAGAAGUGCUAAGUAUUCUGGUGGAUGAUUGGAACUUGGAUGAGUAGUGUGCAAUUGGUCUGAAUUGAAAAAACUGCAUA